AUUGGCUCUUUCCUCUCAACUUAAUGGGGAGGAUUCAGACAGGAGGGGUAAAUGCACCCCCACCCCCCUAUUCCCUGGUUGAUCUGUGUACUGUCGGGGCCCCAAGUGCAGAAUUAAUCUUUGCUUUUGCUUGGAUGUUACAGGGCACACUUUGGGGGCUUGGAGGGUUGGUCUUGAAAACAGGGGUCCUCUGACCUCCUCACAGGGGCUCUCUCAUGCUGCCCCUCCCCGUGGAUGUGUGUGUUUAUUAUGCGGAGUCCCUGCCACUUACUGCCUUAUGUCCCAGGACUGAUGCUGUGGGGCGCUGGUGGAUCAGCAGAUGUCAUGUUUACAGAUCUAGGCUCCCCUUUCUCCCACGGGGAGGGGCUCAGGCCUCUAUUCAGACAUUCCUGCAGAGGGUGGAUGGAGUCCUCGCAGCCCCUGCCCCUGCCAUGUACAAAUAUCGUGGUGCCAUUCGGUUCCCUGACACUGCCCCCUACUAGAAUUUAUUCUGAAGGGUGAUGUCGGAGGGGGAGCAAAGGGAGCAAAAACAAGGGAAUUAAAGACUCAGAAUGUAGGUGCCGCUGCCUCCCGUGUUUACAGGAGCCUCCCUGGCCCCAGGCACCCGGGCUGCAGGAAGUGACUCAGUUCCACCACUCCUUGAUUCCCUUGUAAAGGGAAAAACGACUGUUAGGACCCAGUUCACAAACCCUCACUUUUAUUACUUCGUCUGAUGUCCAGAACUGGGGGCUUUGACAUUUUGUUACUUUGUUUACAGGUCAAGAUUUUAAAACAGUUUUUACACUUUGUUUACAGUUUAAAACUUUGUGAACUUUACACUUUGUUUACAGUUGAGAAUGUUUUUUUCCCCCCUUUGUUUACAAGUGCAAGGUAGAGAAUGUGGGAGAGGGGCUUGGAGGACCCACUUGUGAGGACCCUGAACCUGGUCAUCUUGAGGGGUUUCUAACCCCCUAGUCGUCCCAGGCCAAAGGUCAGCUCUGAGUCCCCUGUUGAACAGCAGGCCCAGAAGGCCCAGUGGUAAGAGUAGGCAUCUUCUUACCACUGGGAACAGCAGCCGUGCAGGGCUGUGGAGGGUCUGUGCAGACACCCACCUCCUUCACGCAUAUUCUUGGGAGGCAGUUUUCAAGGAGAUUGAAAGUUCUACUUUACUGACUGGUGCCAAAUCCCGCCAGCCAGGACCCCAGCUCUCCUUACCCAGAGUGACCCCAGCCCUUGAAGGGUUGAAGGGUCUGCUGUGGGGAGAGGGGGUUGUCCUUGCUAUGUCCUAGGUUCUGUAGUUGCCCCUCUCUGGGAGGGGGAGUCCCCCCUCCAGCCCAGUGGCUCCUUUUCCUGUCUGUGUAAAUUGUUCCGUGAAGCCGCGCUCUGUUUUGGGAAUAAACUUCUAUAGAAAAUGGUUAUUGCCUCAUUCUGUUUGGGGGUGGGGGAUAGGGUUGGAGGGUGGCUAUGAACUAUUUCCCGGGGUUGACCUUGGAGAGAAAUCUGAGCACUGCCCCCUCCUCCUCUCCGAGAAUAUUCGGCUAUUUUUAGCUCAUUUCAUUGAAGAUCUGGACCAGGUUGCGAUCUCACCCUGAAUUCUGUCCCUUCGCCUUGAAGCCGGACUUUUAAGUAUGAGCACAGGGUAAGGCCCCUUCAAGGCAGCAACUUGAUGGCUUCCUAUGUCUGCCGGGCCCUGCCGCCCUGACCUGGCAUUUGCUCUGGCUGUCAACCCGACCCUAGGAACUGCCUUCAGUCCAUUGACACCACUGACCCCUAGCUGUCGGACAUCCCGUUCAUCAGGAACCCAGGCAGAAGCCUUUCGGCAUCAUGUGCUUCCUUUGGGGAAGGCGGAGGCGGGGUGGGGGGAAGUUCGCAAACUUCCAGGUCUGCGUGUCCAGUGUUGAAGGGAGCCCUUGGGCCCCUCGGGUCUUAGAGACAUGCCAGAUCUCAGGGGCAAAGCCUGAGGGUGGUGCCCUCAUGGAGGCAGGAGAGGCCCCACGGAGAGCUAAGGCUCUGGUCAUCAGCCGCGCCCCUAGACAUUCCGCUCCCCACCCCGAGGGCAUCCUCCGCAAGAAGCCAGGACCCGGUGUCAGCCCCACACCACUCAGGAACCAGCUCGGGUCCUUAAUCCCGCAUGGUCCCACAACCCGCUCAGGCAAGAGAGUUAGUCGGGCCACGAGGAGGAGCCAGAGCCAAGUCUCAGGGGAAGGAAAGGGUUAAAUCUCCCUCCUUGGGGUUCGCUGAGCCGCCUGAGAGUCCCUUAAGCCCCGCCCUGGCACGCUGAUUGGCCCAACCCUUCCCGUUCUGCCCGGGGAUUGGCCGCUGGGAGUGAGCCUCAGGCCUCGCCUCUGUCCCGGCCCCGCCUCUCGGGCCUUAGCGGCCUCUAGCCCGAGCUUGGGAGCUACCGCCUCUCGGAUGCCCACCCGCCAUGGGGCUGUCGGAAGCGCCGGGACAGAGGGACACGCAGGCACUGCUGUCCACGACGGAGGCCAUGGAGCUGAGGCGGCGAGACUACCAUGUGGAGCGGCCCCUGCUAAACCAAGAACAGCUGGAGGAGCUGGGGAGCCGGAGCCCAGCACCAGUGACGCUCCAGUGGCGAACCUGGUUUCGGUGCUCCCGCGCGCGGGCCCAAGCCCUUCUGCUUCAGUACCUCCCGAUUUUGGCCUGGCUCCCCCAGUAUUCUGUGCGUGACUGGCUUCUGGGUGACUUGUUGUCUGGCCUGAGUGUGGCCAUUAUGCAGCUACCACAGGGCCUAGCCUAUGCCCUCCUGGCUGGACUGCCCCCUGUGUUUGGCCUCUACAGCUCCUUCUAUCCUGUCUUUGUUUAUUUCCUGUUUGGCACUUCCCGGCACAUCUCUGUGGGCACCUUUGCCGUCAUGUCUGUGAUGGUGGGCAGUGUGAUGGAAUCGCUGGCUCCGGACGAUGCCUUCCUGCUGGGCUUGAACUCCACACUCGAUGUGGCAGCCAGAGACGCUACCCGGGUGCAGCUGGCCUCCACUCUCAGCGUCCUUGUUGGCCUCUUCCAGGUGGGGCUGGGCAUGGUCCACUUCGGCUUCGUGGUCACCUACCUAUCAGAGCCUCUGGUCCGAGCCUACACCACGGCCGCGUCUGUGCACGUCUUUAUCUCGCAACUCAAGUAUGUGUUUGGCCUUCAUCUGAGUAGACGCUCUGGACCGCUGUCCCUCAUCUAUACAGUACUGGAGGUCUGCUGGAAGCUGCCGGAGACGGUGGUCGGUACCAUGGUCACCGCCAUAGUGGCGGGAGUGGUGCUCGUGCUGGUGAAGCUGUUGAAUGAAAAGCUGCGGGGACAUCUGCCCAUGCCGCUCCCCGGGGAGCUGCUCACGCUCAUCGGGGCCACAGGCAUCUCCUAUGGCGUGGGCCUGAAGCAGGCAUUCGGGGUGGACAUCGUGGGCAAAAUCCCCUCGGGGCUGGUGCCCCCGAUGGUCCCCCGCCCCCAGCUGUUUGUAAAGCUCCUGGGCAAUGCCUUCGCCAUCGCUGUGGUCGGGUUCGCCAUUGCCAUCUCGUUGGGCAAGAUCUUCGCCUUGAGGCACGGCUACCGGGUGUAUAGCAACCAGGAGCUGGUAGCUCUCGGCCUCAGUAACCUCAUCGGGGGCAUCUUCCGGUGCUUCCCUGUGAGCUGUUCUAUGUCUCGGAGCCUGGUACAGGAGAGCACCGGGGGCAACACACAGGUGGCCGGAGCCAUCUCCUCCCUCUUCAUCCUCAUUAUCAUCUUCAAACUGGGAGAACUCUUCCAAGACCUGCCCAAGGCGGUCCUGGCUGCCGUGGUCAUCGUGAACUUGAAGGGCAUGGUGAUGCAGUUCACCGACGUGUUCUCCCUCUGGAAGGCCAAUCGAGUGGAUCUGCUCAUCUGGGUGGUGACCUUCGUGGCCACCAUCCUGCUGAAUCUGGACCUCGGCCUGGCCGUGGCCGUAGUAUUCUCCCUGAUGCUUGUGGUGGUCCGCACCCAGAUGCCCCACUACUCUGUCCUGGGGCAGGUGCCAGACACGGAUAUUUACAGAGACGUGACAGAGUACUCAGGGGCCAGGGAGGUCCCAGGCGUGAAGGUCUUCCGCUCCUCGGUCACCGUGUACUUCGCCAACGCCGAGCUCUACAGUGAUUCACUGAAGCAGAGGUGCGGUGUGGAUGUGGACUACCUCCUCUCUCAGAAGAAGAAGCUGCUUCGGAAGCAAGACCUGAAGCUGAAGCGGCUGCAGAAGGAGAAUAAGCCCCCCAAACAGGCUGCCACCUCCAAGGACACCUCCAUCUCCAUCAACGUCAACACCAGUGUCAUGGACAUUGAGAGCAACAAUGAUGUGGAGGUCUCCAAGGCCAAGGAGGCGAGCGCAGGGACUGAGCUAGAGGAUACAGGAGCCUGGGCACCAGAAGAUGCCAAAGCCUCAGACAUGUCCUCGCUGAAGGCCCUGGGCCUGCCUCAGCCAGAUUUCCACACCCUCAUCCUGGACCUGAGCUCCUUCUCCUUCGUGGACACUGUGUGUCUCAAGAGCCUGAAGAAUAUUUUCCGUGACUUCCGGGAGAUUGAGGUGGAGGUGUACAUGGCUGCCUGCCAAGCUCCCGUGAUCACGCAGCUUGAGGAUGGGCACUUCUUCGAUGCGUCUAUCACCAAGCAGCAUCUCUUUGCUUCGGUCCAUGACGCUGUCCUCUUUGCACUCCAACACCGGAGAUCCGGCCCCGUCGACCCUGUUUUGGUUACCAAACUCUGACCCUGCAGCCAUCCCGCCUGAGACUGCCUGCCUCUGAAGGUUUGACAGGGUACCCGUGAGAAACCCCCACCCCUAGGCUGCCUCCGGAUGUCACCAGGAGUCCCCUCCACGCACGCGCACUCACACACGUAACUCAGGGAUGGAGGUCCUGGGACUCCAAGUUCAGUGCUCUUGGCCAGGGAUGAGACACUGGCCGAGUUGGAGAAGCAAGCGUGUUUUUAGCCUCAGGAAUAAAGAUUUGUUUGCCUGA